AUGAUUGACAAGGAUAGAAGAACGAUUGCAUUCAUCCAUCCAGAUUUAGGAAUCGGGGGCGCCGAAAGGUUAGUUGUCGAUGCCGCAUUAGGUUUACAACAACAAGGGCAUAGUGUCAUCAUCUAUACCAGUCAUUGUGAUAAAUCACAUUGUUUUGAAGAGGUUAAAGACGGCCAAUUGAAGGUUGAGGUUUAUGGUGAUUUUUUACCAACAAACUUUUUGGGUCGUUUCUUUAUUGUUUUCGCAACAAUUAGACAGCUUUAUUUAGUUAUUCAAUUAAUCCUACAAAAAAAAGUCAAUGCCUACCAAUUAAUUAUUAUCGAUCAGCUAUCUACAUGUAUCCCGCUUUUGCAUAUUUUUAGUUCUGCCACUUUAAUGUUUUAUUGUCAUUUCCCCGAUCAAUUAUUAACCCAAAGAACUGGGUUAUUGAAGAAAAUAUAUAGACUUCCAUUUGACCUAAUAGAGCAGUUUUCCGUGAGUGCUGCCGAUACUGUUGUGGUAAAUUCAAAUUUCACCAAAACCACGUUCCAUAAAACGUUCAAAUAUUUAUCCAAUGACCCAGACGUCAUUUAUCCAUGUGUGGAUUUAUCAACAAUCGAAGUCGAAGAUAUCGACAAGAAAUUUUUCAAAACAGUAUUCAACGAAGGUGAUAGAUUUUAUUUAAGUAUAAAUCGUUUUGAAAGAAAAAAAGAUAUUGCGUUGGCUAUAAAGGCUUUUGCACUAUCUGAAGAUCAAAGUAAUGACAACGUUAAAUUGGUUAUUUGCGGUGGUUAUGACGAAAGGGUCGCAGAAAAUGUGCAGUACUUAAAGGAACUAAAGUCUCUGGCCGAUGAAUACGAACUAUCUCAUGCAACCAUAUACUAUCAAGAAAUAAAAUGUGCCUCCGAUUUAGAGUCGUUCAAAGCCAGCCAUAGUAAAAUUAUAUUUUUAACAUCAAUUUCGUCAUCUUUGAAGGAACUAUUGCUGGAAAAAACUGAAAUGUUAUUGUAUACUCCAGCGUAUGAACACUUCGGUAUUGUUCCGUUGGAAGCCAUGAAAUUAGGCAAACCUGUACUGGCGGUAAAUAAUGGCGGUCCUUUGGAGACUAUUAAAUCAUAUAUUGCUGGCAAAGAUGAAACUUCUGCCACUGGAUGGCUAAAACCAGCCGUCCCUAUUCAAUGGGCUACUGCUAUUGAUGAGAGCAGACAAGUGUUGCGCAAUGAUUAUGUGAAUUUUGAGAGGAAUGGUCCGCUUAGAAUUAAGAAAUACUUUUCUAGGGAAGCAAUGACUCAGUCAUUCGAAGAAAACGUUGACAAAGUCAUAUGGAAAGAAAAAAAGUACUAUCCUUGGCAAAUGUUUAGCGUUUCAUUCUUUAAUUUUCUUUUGCAUAUGACAUUUGUAAAGGCUCUACCCAAUAAUCCAUGGCCCCUCCUGUUUAUGGCUACUUUUAUGGUACUGUAUUUUAAGAACUACUUAAUGGGGGCUUACUGGGCAUUUUUUUUUGCUCUCUCUUACCCUUAUGAAGAAGCAUAG